UAUAUAGUCGUAACACGUGUCUGGUGUGUAGUUCGAGUGCGACCUUGAAAAUGAUGUCUGUAGAUGUUGGGAAAGCUUUUGUUGGCGGCCUCAGCCACAGCACAACGGAAGAGAGUUUAGCUACACAUUUCUCGAAGUUCGGUGAGAUUCUGAACACCAGCGUGAUGCGGGACCCCGUAACUAAGGUGCCUCGGGGGUUCGGCUUCGUGGAGUUCAAAGAUCCCAACGUCGUAGAAUUAGUUGCGCGACAAGAGCACUUUUUAGAUGGAAAGAAGGUUGAUCCAAAGCAAGCGAUGGUUCCGGGAAAAGGCCCUGCGAGGGCAGUCUCCACUGAUGCCAAUCCAUCUGAAUAUGUGGGAACUACAAAGAAGAUCUUUGUCGGUGGUAUAGCACCAGGUACAACAGAAGACUUCAUGAAGGAUUUCUUUUCCUCGAGGUACGGUGCAGUGGAUGAGGUUGUCUUCAUGUACGACCGAAGCACAAACAAACCAAGAGGUUUUGGUUUUGUCACGUUUGAAAGUGAAGAAACUGUUGACAAAGUAGUGAAGGAUCAUUUCAUUGAGAUCAAAGGAAAACGGGUUGAGUGCAAGAAAGCACAACCGAGACCCGGGGAGAAAGGCUAUGUUCCCGGAUCGUUUCCGAAGAGUUCAGUCGGUCGAGGACGAGGCCAUGGCAGAGGAGGAGGAAUGUCUGGACCACAAGGUUAUGGGGGAGGACGUGGAUUUAAUGCUCCCAGUGCAAACUAUGGUUACGGUCAGGACUACCAGGGAUACGACGAUUAUAACCGUUCGUAUGGACAGUACCAAUAUGGACAACAAGGUGGAUAUCAAGCUCAAGGAUAUCCACGUGCGGGAGGUUAUGAUGCCUAUGUACAACAGCCACAGCACCCCAUGCAGCCACAGCACCCAGUACCAGGGCAGCCACCUCAACCCCAAGUGCCUCCACAACAACCGGGCCAAAUGCAGCCUCCACAACCAUACGGACAGGGAUAUCAGCAAGCGUAUGGAGCACAAGGAUACGGGACACCUGGCUAUGGAGGUGGACAGCAAUCAUAUGGAGCUCAGAGCUUUCCUCAGCAGAGUUACCCUACGGCUUCCCAGUAUGCAACUCAAGCUCAAGCUGCUACCCCUACUCAGGCGAUGGGCUCCUAUGGCCAAGAACAGUCCAACUAUGGGCCUUCCAAAGCAUCAUACUCUGUUAGUGGAUAUUCAUCAGCACCAGCAGCUCGUCCAGGCGUUCAAGCGUACGGACAACCUCAGCAAGGUUAUGAUACAAGCGGAGCAAAUGCGACUUACAACCAACCUCAGACAACUCCCCAGGGCACAGGAAGAGGAUCAGUUAGAUUUCAGCCUUAUUGACUAGCGUAAGAUGUUGAUACACUCACAGUUCACAUAGAAAGUGUAUUGACACUUAGUGACAUACCUAACAAUUGACGCGAUAAAUAGUACACUUUUAAUCGACGCACCGUUUUCUGCUUAUUCGUUCUGUACGAGAAAUUGGAACACGAGUUCUGCGUACACGGA